AUGAUGGGCUCAGAUGCGCGCGAUGUGCUGGGGCUGCCCAGCGCAGGCCCACCCAAGCCGGCAACACCAAAAGUGCAGAAACCAAAGGUCAGAGGUCCAACUGGAAUGAGCAGAGAAGUCCUCGAUCUCAAAUAUGAAGGAGCACCACCAAUAUCAAUCGUCGCCCCCAAAUUCAAGGAGAAGCCAAAGCUGCCAUUCAAGCCUCGUCCCUGGGAAGAGACACCUUUUGGAAACUCUGCUCGGAAAGAUGGUCUUAUACUUCGACAUUGGAGGCGGAAGGGCGACGUUUCUAAUGCAGCUGCAUUGCCUGUUACGCCGGCAGAUUCGAAUGCCGCAUCAGAGAUGGAGCAGGACGAAAAGGCAGCAACUACGCUAUCUGAUUCACACUGGGCAAAGUUCAAUGUGAAGGUCGACAAGCCUCAGUACACGGAUGAGCAAUACGAGACACAUUUGAAGAAUGACGAUUGGAGCAAGGAAGAGACAGAUUACUUGAUCGACUUGGCUACGGACUUCGAUCUUCGGUGGAUCGUGAUUACGGAUAGAUACGAAUAUCAGCCCAAUCAACAGCCCAAAGAGAACGAGGACUCCAUGGCCGUUACGCUGCAGGCCAAGCCAAGAACUCAGGAAGAUAUGAAAGCCCGAUACUACGACGUCGCAGCGAAAUCUAUGGUCCUACAUAAUCCCCUAUCGAGCAUGUCAUCAUCCGAAUUCGACGCUCACGAGAAGAUGACGAAAUACGACCCUAAUCAAGAGAGAAAACGGAAGAUGUACGCCGAACAGCUCAUGAACCGAACAGACGAGGAAAAGUACGAGGAAGAGAUGCUGCUCAAAGAGCUCUCAAGAAUCGUCCUCAACCAAGAAAAACUAUUCAACGAGCGCAAAGCCCUCUACGAUCGCCUCGGAACCCCGCCAGGCGCACCGCAAACCCAUAGCACGGCCAUGUAUCAAUCCAGCCAAGGUCUCACACAACUAAUGCAGAACCUCCUCACCCAAAACAAAAACAAAGAGCUCGAGAAGAAAGAGAAACGCCGCUCAGCCAUGGGGGCAGAAGGCGACUUUCCAGGCGGACCGUCCGGUAUGGAUAGAGGCCAACGCCAUUCAAUAGGCGGUGGUUUAGACAAGCGCUUUUCAUUCGGACAAGGAGGACCACGCCAGCUCAGUGCCCGUGAGGAGCAGAAAUAUGGCGUCAGCCACCCCAACGAGCGUCUUACAGGCGGCGUGCAAUUCCGGCACGAGCGCAUCACUAAAGCCGGUCAAGCGAAAUCUGGUGUUCAAACUAGCAGGAUAGGUGCAGCGUUGACAGAGUUGAAAAUACCGCAACGGUUGACCAUGCCGACGGCCAAGGUGGUUACGGAGUAUGAGAAACUGAUUGAGAGCAUCAAGACUUUGCUCGAAGUGAGGAAAUUGAGUGAGAAAUUGGACGGGGAGAUCAAGGUGUGGCAGGCGCAGAAGGAGCAGCAAGAAGCUAAGGAUCGGGGUGAGGAGGUCAAGGAAGAGGAGCCUAGUCAAACGGUGGAGAAUGAGGAGGAGGAUGAGGACACGAAAGAGAUUGAUGAGCAGGCUGAACGUAGGAGGAAAGCUGAAGCCGAGGAUGACGACGAGGCCGAGGAUGAUGACGAAGACGAAGACGAAGACGACCAAAAUGCCGAGGGGAAGGAAGAAGAGAAGGAGGACAGCGAUGAAGAGGUCAGUGCCAAAGGAAGCAACAAGGACGAAGAGGAAGACGCUGAAGUCGACGAGAACUUCGCUGGGGACCAAGACGACGACGACGAGGAGGAGGAGGAGGAGGAGGGAGAGGACGAUGAAGAUGAGGAGAUGCCGGAUGAGGCAGAAGCGGAAGCGGAGGUGGACGCGGACAAUAAUGAUGACAAUGCGGAUGCGAAUGAGGAGGUCGAGGACGACGGAGCUUCUUCGCCAGCAAGCGCGGCUCCUACCACCAGGGGCGAAGGGCUACGGAAACGUAGUGCGAGCGUCAUAAGCCACGUCAGCAAUAAGAGCUCAAAGAGGCAGAGGAGGUAG